UGAGAGCAAACGAGGAAGUGAAAAUAACCACUAUAAGCUCUCUCCGCCAUGAAGUAGCAGCAUGCACUUUGUGUGCUGUGGUCUCCAUUCAGGCACAGUUUGUGUGGCAGAUUAGUGAGCAGAAGAGAACUGGAACUAAAGUUGAAUAUACUGGCUGAAAAUAAGAAGCAGCAUCAAUGCAGACUAAUUGGAUUUUGAUUAUUUUAUCCGUCUUGGUGACCAUGGGACUGCUGAUGGUGGCCCAGAGCCAGUAUCAACUGAAGAGCAUUCUGGACAGCAAGAUUAAAAAAAUGGAUGUAGCGUUUGAGCAAUUUACUGUUGACUAUCUAAGUAAGGACGUCUUCAAAACCUCUGUGGAAAAACUGCUGGUUCAGAGCCAGGAAGAAGUGAAUAAUCUGGAAGCUGCACUCAAUAAACUCAGUUCAGAAACGGAGCAGAAGAAAAUGGAAAACGAUGCAUGCCAAGAACAAAUGAAAACCACACAAGUAGAGCUGGAAAGUAUCCAAAAGACACAAAGUGAAACUAAAGCUUCCUUGGAUGCAGAGGUUGAGGCCUGGACUAAGGAGAUUAACACUCUGAAAGAAAUACAGACACAAUACAGUCCAGUAUGUGCCUAUGUGAAGACGAGCAAGUUAGCUGAGAAAUUCUGUGGCAUAAACACAAACAAUGAAACAGCUUCGGAUAAGGAUAAAACCAAUGAGAAUAAAGUUAAUAAUUAAAAAAAUUUAAAAAAAAAAAAUCAACCUUCAUUAAAAAUGUGUAGUUCGUUUCUUCCUUGUUCUUUACAGAGAUAUGAUGUACCCUUCCUCUCAUAUGGUGUUUGUGUACUUGGGAAUUCCCCUUCAUCUGCUUUUAUAGACAGUUGAUGUACAGAGUUUUCCUUCUUUGUGUUUCCAUAUCAGCAGCAGCUCAGCAGGUGGUUUAAAUCUCCAAAUCUUUGUAGCUGCUAGAAAAGCCUGGAUGCAUAGAGGCGUGGGACUAAUGUAAAGAAACUCCAGAGGAAAGCAGUGAAGUGUGUGACACGGAUGAAUAUGAGACAAAGCACUGCGUAAAAGCAGUGGAGUCUGUGGAAAACCUAGCCGGGUUCACCAUGACUUCAGCAGCUGAUGGUGUUACCUCUGACACCGGUUGACCACUAAUGAGUAAUUCAUUAAGUUUCGGUUUCUGCUGAUGAUCCCGGUCGUGCCCCGCGCAAUACGACCUGCAGCAGCCGCAUCACCGCUCCGGGACUCGCCUCAAAGGAGGAGGGCGGAGGAGGGGAGCGGAGAGAGGUGAGUGGAGUGGACUCAGUUAUUACAACAAGCCGAUUACUGAAGGCUACUGAGCCCUCUCUGUCAAUAUGCGUCUUUCCUCUCACGGUCAGACGGGAGGAGGACACAGCAGCCCACAGCUGAACUUUCAUUUUUCCGUUUCUCACAUGAAAAAACUUUUUUUAAGGGAACUUUUUUUUAAUGGACCUACUCCACGAGAACGCACGUGAAGAAAGACUGGAUGUUUUAUUUUGUAAGAUCUGAUUUAUUCCGUAAGAUGUGUGUGUGUGGCUCUCUGCGAAGCAAACGGUGACCUCCAGGUACUUAAAAGUGUUUUUUUUGGUUUUUUAGCGGCUGCAUUAUAAUUUUUUAAAGUAUAGCAGCGAAUGCUGUUCAUAAUUUGAUCUUUAUGCAUUUAAUUUAUGUAAAGGAGGUUAAAUUUGGAAGCCAAAUGAAAAUGCCUUGCGCACUAAACUUUAUUAGUAAGUGAACUUUACCAUCGGGCUCCAACAAGCCAAGUGAGGAGGGAAAGUAAAACCCCCUCUCCGCUUCGCUCACCUGCAAGUGCAAAGUGUAAAAUGAGCAGCCCCUCCAGGAGUUUAGACGGACAGAAAGGUGACGGCUCUGGCACCAAACCGGAGACGCCCAGGUACCGCAGCUGGAGCAGUCUUCGCUUCUCCAAAUGGAGAAGUGCGUCCCAGAGGGCAACCCCGCCUGCCACCCCUUCCCCGAAGACAGAGAAGAGGAGCGACGUGAGCAAGACGCUCUUCUCCCUGGUCAAGACUCACAAUGACGACUACACAGCGGAUCCGGAUGGCCUCCUGGAGACCGACGGAGAGGGCGAAGGAGACAGCGAUAGCCAGUCUCAGGACCAGGCCACCUACUUCCAGAAGCAGUUCGGCUCCAUGCUGCAGCCCGGGGUCAACAAGUUCUCCCUGCGCAUGUUCGGCAGUCACAAAGGUGUUGCUGCUGAGCAGGAGAGGGUUAAAAGCUUUGGAGUGUGGAUCAUACACCCCUACAGUGACUUCAGGUUUUACUGGGACAUCGUAAUGCUCCUGUUGAUGAUGAGCAAUCUUGUCAUUUUGCCCUGGGGUAUCACCUUCUUCGAAGACCAGAACACCAUGCCCUGGAUCACCUUCAACGUCCUGUCAGACACACUCUUCCUCAUGGAUCUGGUUUUCAACUUCCGUACGGGCAUUUUGGGAGAGGACAGCCACAUCAUCCUGGACCCCAAAGAGAUCCGCAUUCAUUACCUCCGCACUUGGUUCCUGGUGGAUUUCAUCUCCUCCAUCCCUGUCGACUACAUCUUUCUCAUCGUCGACCUUGAAUCCCGACACGAGUCAUCAGACGUGUACCGUACCGCCCGUGCACUUCGCAUUGUGCGUUUCACAAAGAUCCUCAGUCUGCUGCGUCUUCUUCGUCUGUCUCGCCUCAUCCGAUACAUCCACCAAUGGGAGGAGAUUUUCCACAUGACUUAUGACCUGGCCAGUGCUGUGGUGCGUAUAGUCAACUUGAUUGGCAUGAUGUUGCUGUUGUGUCACUGGGAUGGCUGCCUGACCUUUAUGGUACCUAUGCUGCAAGACUUUCCUCCAGACUGCUGGGUAUCCAAAAACAAUAUGGUGAACUCUACAUGGCACAUCCAGUACUCCUACGCUCUGUUUAUGGCCAUGAGUCACAUGCUGUGCAUAGGAUACGGUGCUCACCCUCCAGAGGGCAUGACCGAUGUUUGGCUCACCAUGGUCAGCAUGGUAGUCGGGGCCACGUGCUACGCCAUGUUCCUCGGCCAUGCCACUAACCUGGUCCAGUCCUUGGACGCCUCGCAUCGGCAGUAUCAAGAGAAGUAUAAACAAGUGGAGCAGUACAUGUCAUUUCACAAACUGCCAGCAGACUUAAGACAGAGGAUCCACGAUUACUAUGAGCAGCGAUUCCAAGGCAAGAUGUUUGAUGAGGACAACAUCCUUGGAGAGCUCAGUGACCCACUCAAGGAGGAGAUUGUCAGCUAUAACUGUCGUGGACUCGUAGCCAAUAUGCCACUGUUUGCCAACACUGACCCUCAUUUUGUGACGGUGAUCCUGACCAAGCUGCGUUUCGAAGUCUUCCAGCCAGGAGAUUUUAUUAUACGAGAGGGAACGCUGGGUCGGAAAAUGUACUUUAUCCAGCAUGGCACCGUCACCAUCAUCCCACGCGGUAGUAAGGAGAUUAAGCUCAGCGAUGGAGCAUAUUUUGGGGAGAUUUGCUUGCUGACACAGGGACGACGCACAGCCAGCGUGAGGGCUGAGACCUACUGCCGUCUGUACUCGUUGAGCGCGGACAGUUUCAGCGAGGUCCUGGAGGAGCAUCCUCUGAUGAGGAGGGCGUUUGAGAGUGUGGCCGUGAACCGACUGGACCGCGUUGCGCGCAGACCGAGUUAUCAGCCAGUCCCAGAUGAAUGACUCCCUCAGCACCAUGAGAAAAACAUUCCAGCCAGACUCAUCGAGCACAUUUGUCACAUUUAAACUGCACUUGACAAAGAUAUCUUCUAUUGAAGCAUGCUGAUGGACAAUCAGAUAGCGAGACCUACUUAAACUUAUUAGUACAGCAUUACUGCACUGACGUGAAAAUAGUCUACCUUCAGUGGUUUUAUUUCAUUAUUUGAACUUGAAUAAGCUGUAAUAUGUGCUCAUGUUUGUAUUAGAGCUUUGUUUUGAUUUACGUGAGCUUUUUAUUUAUUGAUUGAUGUAUUGAUUUAUUAAUGAAUUAGUUUUUGUUUUUACCAAGAGUCUGUCUGGACUGGUCUCUUUCCAGCUGUAAAUACCUCUUUUAAAGCACAUUUUAGUGGCCUGUAGUGCCACUUUGAUUAUCUAUCAGAUCAUCCGUCCAGGAUAUUGACAGCCUACAGGAGCAGCAGCUGGUGUUACAUCAUUCAGCUUUCUGUGGCUCUAUUUUAAAUGAUCCUUCUCAUCUGUAGGUUGCCUGACGUCAAGAUGUAAUGCUGAUGUUCACAGAAGAUCAGUUGCAGUUAUGUAAUAUCUCCAGCUGUACACAGACAGGUUUCACAGAGGUCAUAUAAAGAAUAAUUUAUACCCAGUAUUAUUUGUUUCCAUACUAUUUUUGUUGCAUUUUUUCUGGCAUAUUGUUUAUUUAUAAUGUAAAACUAUGAGAAUAAAGUCUCUAAAGGUUAACUAGUUGGUAACUGUCAGAUGAUGCUGUUGUAUAAUGUAAGUUCUAUUUUUGUUAAUAUAUCAGCUGAACUUUCUCAGUUUUUUUACUUCACUUUUUUAGUGAGGUUACAUACAGGGUAUACAUGCAGCAUUUUUCACAGCAGAAGCCACAGCUGUAUCUAAACAUCAACAAUGUAGUUAUUAGAAGUUUAUUUCUGCUCUGUUUUUGCUUCAAAGAAAGAUUUUACAAAUUUAAAUUGACUGAACGCUGAUUUACAUUUAGAUUCAUACUGUGUCCUUUUCUCAGGUGCAUUUGAAACAGCAUGAUUUUGAAUAUUUUCAUCUGAUGCACACAAAACAGUCCUUUUUUGAAUUUACAAGUUUAACUGAAAUGUCUUUAUUUUUUCUUAUUUUUCUGAUUAUUACCUUUAUAUUGAUGAUGUCAUGUGUAUACAAAUAUCUGUAACCUUGAAGCAUAAAUAUCAAAUAUGUAUUUUUUCCUAUGCAGUGUGUUAUUUGUGCUUAUGUAUAAAGAAUGUGCAGAAAUACUGUUUUAC